CAGACGCAGAGAUGCAGAUCUUUGUGAAGACCCUGACGGGCAAAACUAUCACCCUUGAGGUUGAGCCCAGUGACACCAUUGAAAAUGUCAAAGCCAAAAUCCAAGACAAGGAGGGCAUCCCGCCUGACCAGCAGCGUCUGAUUUUUGCGGGCAAACAGCUAGAAGAUGGCCGAACUCUGUCAGACUACAAUAUCCAGAAAGAGUCCACCUUGCACUUGGUGAUUCGCCUGCGAGGUGGCAUCAUCAAGCCUUCACUCUGCCAGCUGGCCCAGAAAUACAACUGUGACAAGAUGAUCUGCCGCAAGUGUUAUGCUCGCCUGCACCCCCGUCCUGUCAACUGCCACAAGAAGAAGUGCGGCCACACCAACAACCUGCGCCCCAAAAAGAAGGUCAAAUAAGGCCCCUCCACCGGCUCUUCCUUUGCCCACAGGGCAGCCUCCUGCCCGAGCCUCAAUAGGUCCUGGGG